AUGCAGCCUAUCCACCUCAGCAGCCUUGCCACAUCACCCACUGGAACAGAACAGCCCACAUCCAUCCUAUCCCACCUCCACGCAGAUCUCAUCCUCUCCCACAACCAACGUUGUUUCCCCUUUAUCUUCUUCUCCUUUGUACGGCUCCACUCAGGAAACAAAUCACCAUAUUCAUCUCCGCAUCAGCCGUUGCACAGCUACGGGAAGAUCCUCGCCUUCAGAAGCGCCAGGGGUGCUGAUGGCGUCGUACCACUGCCGGACAAGCCUUCGUUGGUCGUCGCCGGCAGAGCCGCACGCGGUUGCCGAUCGGUCCACGUGAUCACCGCCCUUAAAUUGAUUCUUGUUGCAGAUGAAUCGAGCCCCGCAAGCUACGCUGGACCAAGCCCCGUGCCCCGAUGUCCACCAAAGCUCCCGAUGAGUCACAUGCGCCACCAUCGGCGUCCUCCUCCAACAUCGCCUGCACCAAAGGAAAGCCUUUUUCUGAAGAACAUCCCUCCUACUCCUUCCUUGGCCAUGGUCUCAUGGUUGUCACCGGAGAGACAGACGCUGCUGCCGGUGCGGUGGAUUCCUGACUUCCAGACAAAAAGGGGAACUGAAGUCACUGAAACCACUAGCAAGAAAAAAGAAGUUGCUGAAAUUUUGCAACUAUUUCCGUUUCUUCAUGCUUCCGGUGGACAGAUUAUAAAACAUCAUGUGCUACCUGAUUACAUCCCACACGUGCAACGGUUUGAAAGUAUAUGUGUCACAAGCUCACUUAAAGUUCACAAAAUUUCGGUUGUCUGAUUCACAAGAUGACAAAUAAAAAAGUAGUAACAGCCGGUUGAAGCAUCGGCUUGGUAAGGAGAAGGAGCACUAUUAUGGCAACGGGAUUCACACAUCUACAAUGCAGUCAGCUAUGGCAGAAAAGAUACCGGUGUAAUGACUAUUUAGGUAACACCAGAGAUCCCAAAACAAUUAAGGCCUGCAAACAUUCUAUUGAUGCUCUAAUUUUCCCUGGUGCAUUGUGUUUGCACAGAACAUAAAAUUUUAUUAACCAUGUUACCAGACCAUUCAUGAAGACAAUGCUAUCAUCCUGUUGAUGCAACUUCUAUUCUUUCAUUCCUUUUUUGGGUUCACAUUUGCACAUAUCUUACUAUCAUGCAUUGCUGAAGAUGUCCGUUGAAUUUACUUUGUAAACGUGCAGAAGUGUUCUUUGAUGAAUGAUGUUGUAUGUAAAUAGUUACACAUACUAAGAAAUUUGACUUUUUAGAGAAAAAUAUCCACCGUUACUAAGUUACUAUGCAAUAUUUUAAUCAUGUUCUCUCUUUUUCACUC